GGAUGAUUGAGAGUCGAAUAUACUAUUUAUAAUCGGCUAGUGACUGGGUAAUAUUAUUACAGGGGCUGCUUACUACUCGGUGCAUACUCCGUACUCUAGUCCUCGCAAGUGCUUGCCUUGGUGCCUGCUCCAGCUUCUCCUUUCCCAUCUUCUUCUCUCCUGUCAUCCCCGUGCUUUCUUCUUCCUCUCUUUCUUCAUCUUCUCGACAUCCUUUCUUUCCCUCCUUGUAUUCUAUUUUCCCUCUCGGGACUCCAACCAUUCAACGGCUCAUUGUGUAACCGCCGUCAGUCACUCGUUGUCCAUAUUCUGUCAUUUUCUUCCUAAGAACCCUGUGGGUUAGAUAUCAACUGGGUUUACGGACCGAGACGAUCAACCCACUCUUCGCAGAUCAUCAAUAUUAUCUUUCAUCUACAAUUGAGUUUGCCCUCGUUUAAAUCACAUCCAACAUGAAGUUCGUUUACGCCGCCGCCGGGGCUUCCCUCGUGGGCAGCGCCCUCGCAACACUGCCCGCCAUUGAGGCUAAGGGCAACAAGUUCUUCUACUCCAACAACGGAACAGAAUUCUUCAUUCGCGGUGUUGCCUACCAACAGGAGUACCAGGCCAACGGCACAUCUUCCGAGAACUCCGACUACACCGAUCCUCUGGCCAAUGUUGACAGCUGCAAGCGUGACAUUCCCUACCUGAAGCAGCUGCGUACCAACGUCAUCCGUACCUAUGCUGUCGAUCCCACCAAGAACCAUGACGAAUGUAUGAAGCUCCUGGACGAUGCCGGCAUCUACCUGAUUACCGAUCUGUCCUCGCCAUCCGAGUCCAUCAACCGUGCGGACCCUUCCUGGAACACUGACCUGUACAAGCGCUAUACCAGCGUCAUUGACGCCUUUGCCAACUACAGCAAUGUCAUUGGCUUUUUCGCGGGUAACGAGGUCGCCAAUGACAACAACAACACCAAUUCUAUUGCGUACGUGAAGGCUGCCGUGCGAGACACGAAGGCGUACAUCAAGUCCAAGAACUAUCGCUCCUCCCUGGUUGUCGGAUACGCCACCGACGACGACGCCAAUAUCCGUGCCGACUUGGCCGACUACCUUGUCUGUGGUGAUAAGGAGAGCUCUAUCGACAUGUUCGGCUACAACAUUUACGAGUGGUGCGGUGAAUCUUCCUUCGAGAAGUCUGGCUACAAGGAGCGCACUGAGGAAUUUUCCAAGUACCCUGUGCCUGCUUUCUUCUCCGAGUACGGCUGCAUCGACCCCAAGCCCCGCAAGUUUACCGAUGUCCCCGCUCUGUUCGGUCCCCAGAUGAACGAUGUCUGGAGCGGUGGUAUUGUCUAUAUGUACUUCCAGGAGGCCAACGACUACGGUCUGGUUUCGGUCAACGGCGACAGUGUCAAGACCAAGGAAGAUUUCUCCUACCUCUCCUCUGAGAUGCAGAAGGUGACGGCCACCGGUGUGAACAGUGCAAGCUACACUCCCGCCAACACUGCCGUUCCUACCUGCCCUUCGGUCGGUACCAAGUGGGAAGCCUCCAACAAGCUGCCUCCUACUCCCAACAGUGAGCUGUGCGACUGCAUGGUUGAGACUCUGUCCUGCGCUGUGAAGGAUUCUGUGGACGAGGAGGACUACGGUGACCUUUUCGACUACCUCUGCGCCGCCGGUGUGUGCGGUGGAAUCAACUCCAACUCAACCAGCGGUGACUACGGAGCUUACAGCGUCUGCAGUCCCAAGCAGAAGCUCUCCUUCGUCAUGAACCAGUACUACAAGAAGAACAACAAGGCUGCGACCGCCUGUGACUUUGAUGGCAAGGCCCAGACCAAGAAGGCUGCUGAUGCCUCGGGCUCUUGCUCCUCUCUGAUCAGCCAGGCCGGAACUGCUGGCACUGGUUCCGUGACCGCCGGUGCCACUGGCGGCUCCGGCUCCGGCAGCGCCAGUGCGACUUCCCAGGGAGCCGCCGGUGUUGCCGCUAGCCCCAUGGCUGUUAAGGUUGGCAACUGGCAGUUUGGUGCCUACAUUGCCACUGCUCUCUUUGCCGGUGUCGGUAUGCUUGUGCUGUAGGGUGAAACAGAUUUGAGACGGAUGCAGUAGAGGGGUUGUCGUUUGUGUGGUUUAAAUUUUUUGUUUUGAGUACAUACUUUUUAGCAAGUAGUGUGGUGCUUCCAUUCCUUUCGACAGGAACUUUGCUUUUAUACCUGACCAACUGGCGGUCUCUUGGACAUUAGUUGAAUGAAUGAUUUAGUUAAUA